GAUAUGAGCGGCGCACUGAGCAGCUUAUGAUACACUUGUCCUCUUUACGUUUAUUUAUUCGUAAUAUAACAUUUAUUAUAUUAAGUUAAUUAACUGAACAAGAGUUAAUUAGUAAUUCUUUUUUUUUUAUUAUUGUAGUUUGUUGUAUUUUUAUUUUAUUAUACUCAUAGUUGAAUAAUACGCGUUUAUAUGAUUAUCGUUUUUGUCGUCCAACAAUUGUAGCGCCGUGUGCGACGACCCUAAUAAUUCCGUGUCUUUUGUGUUAUAUUAUCAGUGCACCUCCCACAUAAACUCAACUUUUCGGCCAUCCGGGCCGCCGCCAAUUGUGUCUUAAUCCGUAUCCGCUCGUUGAUCUGAAUCGUGCCGUCAACAUGUCUCAGAUAUUGCCCAUCAAGUUCCAGGAGCACUUGCAGCUCACAAAUGUCGGCAUCAAUCAGUCAAACAUUAGCUUUAACACGCUUACCAUGGAAUCGGAUAAAUAUAUUUGUGUGCGUGAAAAGACUGGUGAUGUGGCACAAGUGGUUAUUGUUGAUAUGGCUGAUCCACAAAAUCCAAUCAGACGCCCAAUUUCUGCUGACUCGGCCAUCAUGAAUCCAGCUAGCAAAGUUAUUGCACUCAAAGGAAAAGCUGGUACUGAAGGAACUGCUGCUUCCCAAAAAACACUACAGAUAUUUAAUAUUGAGAUGAAGAGUAAAAUGAAGGCUCACAUUAUGCAAGAUGAUGUGGUUUUUUGGAAAUGGAUUUCGCCUAACACUUUAGCCCUUGUAACUGAAACGUCCGUUUUCCAUUGGAGUAUGGAAGGAGACUCCACUCCCGUUAAAAUGUUUGAUCGUCAUUCAACAUUAAAUGGAUGUCAGAUAAUUAAUUAUCGAACAGAUCACAAACAGCAGUGGUUGUUAUUAAUAGGAAUUUCAGCUCAGCAAAAUCGUGUUGUUGGAGCAAUGCAACUAUAUUCUGUUGAAAAAAGUUGUUCGCAACCUAUCGAGGGACAUGCUGCAGCAUUUGCGAGGUUUCAAAUGGAAGGAAAUAGGGAAAUGUCUACAUUGUUUUGUUUUGCAGCUCGUACUGCAGCUGGUGGAAAGUUACAUAUUGUUGAAGUUGUCCAAACACCACGAGGCAACCAGCCUUUUCCGAAAAAACAAGUUGAAGUUUUCUUCCCUCCAGAAGCCCAAAAUGAUUUUCCAGUUGCUAUGCAAGUGAGCUCUAAGUUUGAUGUUAUCUACCUUAUCACCAAAUAUGGCUACAUUCACUUGUACGACAUCGAAACUGCUACUUGUAUCUAUAUGAACCGCAUAAGUGGUGAUACAAUAUUUGUAACUGCUCCACACGAUGCCACUGGUGGAAUUAUUGGUGUUAAUCGUAAAGGACAAGUAUUAUCAGUCAGUGUUGAAGAAGACAAUAUUAUUCCGUAUAUAAACACUGUAUUACAACAUCCCGAACUCGCUUUACGAAUGGCCGUCCGCAAUAAUUUAUCUGGUGCUGAAGAAUUGUUUGUACGCAAGUUUAACAUGCUUUUCCAAAAUGGACAGUAUGCUGAUGCAGCUAAGGUAGCCGCCAAUGCCCCUAAAGGUAUACUUAGAACACCUUCAACCAUACAAAAAUUCCAGCAAGUCCCAACAGCUACCAAUCAAUCUUCACCUCUUCUACAGUACUUCGGCAUAUUACUUGAUCAGGGAAAAUUAAAUAAAUACGAAUCAUUAGAGUUGUGUCGUCCAGUUCUUGCUCAAGAUAAACGACAAUUAUUAGAGAAAUGGUUAAAAGAAGAUAAAUUAGAAUGUUCUGAAGAAUUGGGUGAUUUAGUCAAAACAGCUGAUAUCUCUUUAGCAUUAUCAGUUUAUCUUCGUGCAAAUAUACCACCUAAAGUCGUCCAGUGUUUCGCUGAAACUGGCCAGUAUCAGAAAAUAAUUUUGUACUCUCAAAAGAUCAGCUAUGUACCUGAUUAUAUUCAUUUGUUCAGGAAUGUAGUUUUGAGAACAACUCCCGAUCAUGCUGUUGAAUUUGCCCAAAUGUUGUUAUCUGACGAUGCAGAACCUUUAGCUAACAUCAAUCAAAUUGUUGAUAUAUUCAUUGAACAAAAUAUGGUCCAGCAAUGCACAAAAUUCCUUUUGGAAGCCUUAAAGCAUAACCGUGAAGCUGAAGGUCCAUUACAAACUCGUCUACUUGAAAUGAAUUUGAUAUCUGCUCCACAAGUUGCGGAUGCAAUUCUUGGCAAUCAAAUGUUUACUCAUUAUGAUCGAGCUCAUGUUGCACAACUCUGUGAAAAGGCAGGUCUUUUACAAAGAGCAUUGGAGCAUUACACAGAUUUAUAUGACAUAAAAAGGGCAGUUGUUCAUACACAAUUGUUAAAUCCAGAUUGGCUUAUUGGUUACUUUGGUUCUCUGAGCGUUGAAGACUCUCUGGAAUGUUUAAAAGCUAUGCUCACGAAUAAUAUUAGACAAAACCUUCAAAUUUGUGUUAAGAUAGCAACCAAAUAUCAUGAACAACUUACCACAAAAGCUUUAAUUGAUUUGUUCGAGUCAUUUAAGAGUUAUGAAGGUCUUUUUUACUUUUUGGGUUCCAUUGUUAACUUCAGUCAAGAUCCAGAAGUUCACUUUAAAUACAUACAGGCUGCAUGUAAAACGGGACAAAUUAAAGAAGUGGAGCGAAUAUGUCGAGAAUCAACAUGUUAUAAUGCUGAAAGAGUUAAAAACUUUUUGAAAGAAGCAAAACUUACUGAUCAGUUACCGCUAAUUAUUGUGUGUGAUCGGUUUAACUUUGUGCACGAUCUUGUCUUGUAUCUCUAUAGAAACAACUUGCAAAAAUACAUAGAAAUUUAUGUACAAAAAGUCAAUCCAUCUCGUCUACCAGUUGUAGUCGGUGGUCUUCUCGAUGUAGAUUGUUCUGAAGAUAUUAUUAAAAACCUUAUUCAAGUUGUGAGAGGAGAAUUCUCUACCGAUGAAUUAGUUGAAGAAGUCGAAAAGCGUAAUCGUUUAAAAUUGUUGUCUUCGUGGUUAGAAUUGCGUGUACACGACGGUAGUGAGGAACCUGCUACUCAUAAUGCUUUGGCCAAAAUUUAUAUUGACAGUAACAACAAUCCAGAAAGAUAUUUGAAAGAAAACAAGUUCUAUGACAGCAGAGUUGUUGGAAAGUAUUGUGAAAAGCGCGAUCCACAUUUGGCGUGUGUUGCUUAUGAACGUGGAAAAUGUGAUUUAGAAUUGAUUAAUGUGUGCAAUGAAAAUAGUUUGUUUAAAUCUGAAGCACGAUAUUUGGUUCGACGCCGUAAUCCUGAAUUAUGGUUGGAAGUUUUGAAUGAAAACAACAUCUAUCGUCGUCCUCUUAUUGAUCAAGUUGUUCAAACGGCUCUAUCCGAAACUCAAGAUCCUGAAGAUAUAUCUGUGACUGUAAAGGCUUUUAUGACUGCUGAUUUGCCUAAUGAAUUAAUUGAGUUACUUGAAAAAAUUGUAUUUGAUAAUUCUUUGUUCAGCUCACAUCGGAAUUUACAAAAUCUAUUAAUAUUGACGGCAGUUAAAGCUGAUCGCACUCGAGUCAUGGACUACAUUAACCGUUUAGAUAACUAUGAUGCACCUGACAUAGCUUCAAUCGCUAUUAAUAAUGAAUUGUAUGAAGAAGCUUUUGCUAUAUUCAAAAAGUUCAAUGUUAAUCAAUCUGCUAUUCAGGUGUUAAUAGAAAAUGUGAAAAACCUUGACCGAGCGUAUGAAUUUGCCGAACGGUGCAACGAACCAGGCGUAUGGAGUUUGUUGGCCAAAGCCCAAUUACAGAAUAUGUUUGUCAAAGAAGCUAUUGAUUCAUUCAUUAAAGCUGAUGAUCCCAGUGCGUACAUGGAUGUGGUACAAACUGCACAUAAAACAGGAAGUUGGGAAGAUCUUGUUCGCUAUUUGCAAAUGUCUAGAAAGAAGGCUCGUGAAUCUUAUAUCGAGAGUGAAUUGAUUUAUGCGUAUGCAAAAACUAACAGGCUUGCUGAUCUCGAGGAGUUUAUAUCGGGUCCAAAUCAUGCUGAUAUUCAAAAGAUAGGCGAUAGGUGUUUCGAUGAUGAAAUGUAUGAACCAGCUAAACUGUUAUACAAUAACGUUUCAAACUUUGCGCGUUUGGCUAUUACUCUUGUUCACCUUAAAGAAUAUCAGGGUGCCGUUGAUAGUGCUCGUAAAGCCAAUAGUACUAGAACAUGGAAAGAAGUGUGUUUCGCUUGUGUUGACAAUAAUGAGUUUAGAUUAGCUCAAAUGUGCGGUUUACAUAUUGUGGUUCAUGCUGAUGAGUUGGAAGAUUUAAUCAACUAUUAUCAAGAUCGUGGCUACUUUGAAGAACUGAUCAAUUUAUUGGAAGCAGCGUUGGGAUUGGAACGUGCACAUAUGGGAAUGUUUACAGAAUUGGCUAUUUUGUACUCAAAAUACAAACCAGCUAAAAUGAAGGAACACUUAGAACUGUUUUGGUCUCGAGUGAAUAUACCAAAAGUGUUGAGAGCGGCUGAACAAGCCCACUUGUGGUCGGAGUUAGUAUUUUUGUAUGACAAAUAUGAAGAGUAUGACAACGCAGUGUUAGCUAUGAUGAACCAUCCAACUGAAGCCUGGCGUGAAAGUCAUUUCAAAGAUAUUAUUACCAAAGUUGCCAAUUUAGAAUUGUAUUAUAAAGCAGUUCAGUUUUAUGUUGAUUAUAAACCGCUUCUCCUCAAUGACUUGUUGUUAGUGUUGACACCACGUAUGGACCACACUAGAGCAGUUGCCUAUUUCUCGAAGACAAAUCAAUUACAAUUGGUCAAAACUUACUUGCGUUCGGUGCAGUCAUUAAAUAACAAGGCUAUCAAUGAAGCAUUGAAUAAUCUAUUAAUUGAUGAAGAAGAUUACCAAGGUUUAAGAACAUCUAUUGAUGCAUUUGAUAAUUUUGACACAAUCGCACUUGCCCAAAAGCUUGAAAAACACGAAUUGACUGAAUUCAGACGUAUUGCUGCCUAUUUGUACAAAAGUAAUAACCGAUGGAAGCAGAGUGUUGAGUUGUGCAAGAAAGACAGAUUGUAUAAGGAUGCUAUGGAGUAUGCAGCUGAAUCCAAGAACUCCGAAGUGGCCGAAGAGUUAGUAACUUGGUUCUUGGAACGGGGAAACUACGAUUGUUUUGCCGCAGCUUUGUUCCAAUGUUACGAUCUUGUUCACCCAGAUGUAGUAUUAGAAUUAGCAUGGAGGCAUAAUAUUAUGGAUUUUGCCAUGCCUUAUCUAAUACAAGUCACUAGGGAAUAUGUAGCUAAAGUUGACAAAUUAGAAGAAGCCGAAUCAAAGCGUGUCGAAGAGCAUAAAGAAGAAGACAUUAAGCCAAUGAUGAUGCCUGAACCACAACUGAUGUUAACAGCUGGUCCAUCCGUAAUGAACAAUAUGUAUUCACCGUCUUACCAGGGAGCAAUUCCUCCUUCACAACCCUACGCUCCUCCUAAUGCUGCAGGCUCUUACGCCGCCCCAAGCAAUUUACCUUAUCCAGGUUAUGGAAUUUAAUGGAUCCAUUACAUACUCCUUUCCUUUAUAGCAGUAUUUUAUAAGAAAACAAUGAUGGGGCUCUGCUAUUAAAACUAGAAAAUUUACCCUCUGUGUUUAUAUUUAAUAAAUAGAAAUAAUAAUUCUUUUUGAAAGUCAUUCCAACAAAAUAUAAACUUGAAUAAGCUUUACAAAAAAUAUAUACAUUUAUAAAUUUAUGUAUGUUUAUUAUACUACUCUCAUCAUUGUUAGAUAAUAUUUACAUAGUUAAUGUUAAUACUUGUUAAAAUAUUAUUUGUUUAAAUUAUUCAACUUCACGUCGUAACUUAUGAAUUAUUUGCAUA